AUGUCGGCGGAAGUUCUCCCGCGCGAGGUGCAGGACCACAUCAUCGACUCCGUGAAUAUUGUUGCUCCAGGCGCCCUCCUUGAAUGCUCUCGUGUCUCUCGAGCGUGGCACAUUCACUCUCAGCAUCACCUCUACUCUUCCGUCACGAUCCGAGAUGUCCGCUCAGGGCCUAGCACGAGCAACAAGCACGCGUUCCUUAACACUCUCGCCCUCAAUCCACUCCUCGCGUCAAGGGUCCUUUCACUCGAGCUGCUUUGGAAUGGAUGGGGUUCCGUCAUCGACGCUGAGCUCACCUGGCUCGCCCUGCUCGUGAACCUGCGAUCGUUGACCCUGGUUUCUCACCCUACCAUGCACCCGAUAUCCAUUGAAAGUCUUUGCCGGAUCUUGCUCUGCUUACCGUCUCUCGAAUCUCUGACUUUGCAAGACACGGUUGUUUCAGAUUCGGUUUUUCGAGAACACCACUUGUAUUACUCCUACAUCGACGGAACCCACCUCUUCUUCACGGUCCUCAAACAGUUUGCAUUUAUUUCUAUGAAAGGGCUGAAAACUGUGGAUAUCCCUCGGCUCCUACCAUGGGGAAACCCGCACGCAUCUCGGGCGGUUCUAUCAAGCAUUGAUACGUCGCGGCUCGAGCGGUUUGGAGUUUUCAUCGCUGAAUACAACCAAGGCUUGAUGCCCGCAUCACUUCAGAUGCGCAAUAUGUUGCAAGGGAUUUCAGGCUUCACCUCACUUCGCCACCUCGACAUAUCCUACAUGAACCUGUCUUGCUACAAACACGCUUAUCUCACGGCGGCCAACCUCUCGCUGCAGCCUUUCCUUAUCGACGCACUCCACGAGCACUUUGCCCUCGCCCCCGCGCUUCAUCCGGACAUGGCCAAGAUCACCCUCCGCGUUCUGUACCCCAUCGUCGCUCUCGUCGAGCCCUGGACGCCCGCCGUAGCGCGUCUCGCGGCAACCCUCUGCAACCGCGCCAAGUAUCCGCGAUUCCGCCAUCUUCACCUUCAAUCCGUGGUGCGCAAAUGCAGCACCGGUUGGCCGUGGGAUGCGUCGCUGGAAGAGACCCGGGAGAUUGGCCUACGGCUGUUUUCGGCGUUCGAGGAGAAGGGCGUCGAAGUCGAGGUGGAAGCGAAGGCAUUCUGGCUGGAGGGUCGUGCAUGA